CUGAGCCGAGCCGAGCUGAGCCGGGCCGAGCCGAGCCGAGCCGAACCCAGCCGAGCCGAGCCCAGCCGGGCAGAGCCGAACCCAGCCGAGCCGAGCCGAAAUGCAGCGUGCGGCAGCGCGGGUGCUGCGGGGGGCCCGGGGUCUGCUCUAUGAGCGACACGGGGAGCCCGCUGCCGUGGUGCAACUGAAGGACAUCGAAGUGGCCAAGCUGGGGGACACCGAUGUCCACGUCAAGAUGUUGGCAGCUCCCAUCAAUCCUGCUGACAUCAAUAUGAUCCAAGGGACGUACGCCAUCCUCUCCCCGCUGCCGGCUGUGGGAGGCAAUGAAGGUGUCGGGGAGGUGCUGGAGGUCGGGAGUCGUGUGGCAGCUCUGAAACCUGGGGACUGGGUCAUCCCGGCCACCUCCGGACUCGGGACGUGGCGGACGCAGGGGGUGUUCCCUGAGCGGAUGCUGCUGAAGGUGCCCAGUGACAUCCCGGUGCUGAGCGCCGCCACCCUGAGCGUCAACCCCUGCACAGCGUACCGCAUGCUGGCUGACUUCGAGACCCUGGCGCCAGGUGACUCCGUCAUCCAGAACGCUGCCAACAGCGGCGUGGGGCAGGCUGUUAUCCAGAUUGCCAAAGCCUCUGGCAUCAAGACCGUCAACGUGGUGAGGGACAGGCCUGAUCUCCCAAAGCUGGUGGAGAGGCUGACGGCCCUGGGUGCCGACCAUGUUGUCACAGAGGAGAUGCUGAGAAAGCCAGAAAUGAAAGAUAUAUUUAAGAGCAUCCCAAAGCCCCGGCUCGCCCUGAACUGCGUCGGAGGCAAAAGCACGACGGAGAUGCUGCGGCAUCUGCAGCCCAAAGGCACCAUGGUCACCUACGGUGGGAUGGCAAAGCAGCCUGUGAUGGUGCCUGUGCAGGGAAAUAGCCCCAUAGAGGCAGAGCAUGGAACCCAGCAUCUCCUCUGGGCUCUCCCAUCCCUCUCCCCGCAGAGCGCCUUCAUCUUCCGGGACGUGCGGCUCCGCGGCUUCUGGAUGACGCAGUGGAGGAAGGACCAUGAGCAGGACCAGCAGAGCGUGGCCACCAUGAUGGAUGCCCUGUGCCAGCUCAUCCGCAGGGGCCACCUCACCGCACCCACCUGCACCCAGGUCCCUCUCCAGGACUACAGGGAGGCUCUGGAAGCUGCCAUGAAGCCCUUCACGUCCUCAAAGCAGAUCCUCCUCCUCUGAGCUGCAGCUCGGUGCUGCUCCCCACAGCCACGCUUCCCCUUGCUGCCUCGGAGGGGCUCAGAGAUGGGGGGGGGAAAACCUCCAGAUCUGUUGAUUUUUGUCUAUUUUCACACUUUGAGGAGCCUAUUUGAAGGUUUAAAGCCCUGUGCAGCUCCGCACGGCUGGCAGCGUGCACCGCUGAUGUGCAGGGAGCCUGCAUCUCGCUUUACCUGGGGGAGCUUGCCUGCAGGAGGAUGCUCAGGGAGCGCAGGGGCUGCAUUGGCUCAGCUCAGGGAGGCAGGAGAGCAGCGGCUCUCCCUCACACGAGUGUUUUGGGGCUGCUUCCUGCCUGUGUUAGUGGUGCCAGUGUGGUUCUGCUGUUUGCACUGUCCCCAUAGGUGAUUUUUGGGUGCUUUCGGGUCACUUUGCAGGGUAUUGCAGGGCCUUUCUCCCAGCUGCAUUCGCUACUGCGGCCCCUGAGCCACCUCCAUGUGCCCCCUCCCAAUGCAGCAGCCAAGAGCCCAUGGUUUGGGGGCAUUCCCUCCACUGAAACGCAGGGAAAACCCAGGUUUUUCUCCCUUUUAACAUGGUUUUUCCCCACCCGGCCCAUGCUGUGCUGCAGGACGGGGGCAGGGGAUGCUUAUGAAGGCCUGAGCACAAGGGGGUUUUCCAGCCUUUGGCAACACUUGAUCCCAAACCCGACCUCAAACAGCAAAGAAAGGGGAGGGGAAAGCUCAAGUUACCCAUGGGCAGGAGCACUGAGAAC